AUUUUUCUACCAACAUUGCGCUGGGAAAACAUUGACCAGGGACUCUCACAGGAGUGGCUCUUCACAACGACGGCCAACACAGAAGUUUUCUGGUGGGCAGGAACCAGGCCACUUACAACUUCCCCUGACUUUGUGUCGCAUUCUAGAAGGCCGUAGCGGCUCAGCGUCGGUUCAGCCAAUUGAAGCCACUUGCCUCACUGCCCUUUCUGAUCUCAACGGCAAAGUUGGACUCCGGAGUCUUCCACUCAACUUCUCAACACGCCUUUCGCCGGAAGCUGGAAAUUCUUUUCGUCUCGACUCGCCUGAGCCUCACCGCAGGUGACUGUAUCGGUCCCGAAAUCACAGUCCCUGAGGCAGCUGGGAGUACGUUGAAGUCUACGAACGAGCAAACAGCAAAGCACUACAGGGGAAGUUGGACGACAGACGAGAAAGAACAGGGAAAGGGGAUUGUUUGGGAGACGGUCGGAUAUAGGUUCUCGCGCCCACAUAAGGGAUGGGGCAGCCGAACGAGAGCCCCAACCCUUUCGGGAAAGCAUUCCCACAACCCUUGUUCCUGUCAUACGAAAACGAUCGUGGGUCAGCACCACCUUCGCAAGUUGCCUCCAACUACCUCGCACAGCAACAUGACUUUGCAGCAGGCCACAUGCCUUCGUUUGGGGGCAUGGCCGAAAUCGAAGAUAUCGACUCGCUCUUCAAUGACCUGGUGGAUGUGGGACGAUUCGAUGUGGGGCCGUUUAUGGGGAUUGGGGCAGAUGAACCUGUGAUGGUGGAGCUGGACGAAGAGCUUUCGGCCGUGGCGAAUGCAGAUUCAGCACAGCAGAGUUUGGUGGGCGGCACGCAGUUUGUGGAUCCUUACCAGGUGACUGUACACCAGUCGCAACAAACGGGAUUGGCGAACGUAAAGACGAAAACAGCUGCUCUGCGGAGGAAGCUCGAUGCAGCGAGGAAGACGGUCGAGGGGUGUCCGGUCAAUAGGGAGGAGACGCCACCAUUUUCGGCCCCAGCAGGACCUUCCACAGGGACAGGCCAGCCAUCCCACCCGAACGCAGGACCGUCUGGAGCUUCAGGGGCGCCACAACCGCAGCAACGAGGGACAGUGAAGCCGGGGAAGCGGAAUAGGAACGGGGAUAGGGAGAACAAGCGGCGGAAAGUAUGUCAAGCAUGCAUACAUUGCCGGAAAGCCCACAUGUCGUGUGACGAAGUCCGGCCAUGUCGGCGAUGCGUCAGAAGGGGAAUGGCUCACAUGUGCUUGGACGCACCACGGCAGCCUGUGAUCCCCAAGCCCGUCAUCACAUCCGCUGGACCGGUACCUAUCCUUCCCGCACCCAUGAAGGACGGAGACCAGAUAGUGCCGCUGCCGGCGACUUCUGGGCAAAUGCUGCAGCCGUUUACUCUCCCGCUGCCACCGCAGAUGUCGCUCGCGCAACAGGUCUCCUUCCUCAACAUGCUCACUGCGAAUGCGAACGCAAACGCAAAUGCGAGUGCGAGUGCGAUUCAGAACACCGGGUCAAACCAAUCUGAUCCGCAAAUCGGCAAUGCAUCGAUAACCGCCCCAACUCCACAUCCUACAUCACCAUCUCAGAACGUAAAUACAUCCGCACCCUUCCCCAAUGUCGUAUACCCGGACGCAUCCUACAUGAGCAUGUUGACCGCGACCCUCAGUCCUUGCUCACCCGCCCAAUCCGUCUCUCCCAAGACUCGACCAACGUCCGCUCAAAGCCCGGGCGUGGCCUCACCGUCGCAGACGCAUAGCCCGAUGCUGGAGAUCAAAUCGGAUCUCGCGUCAACGCCUACGUCAGUGCACCAGGAUUCGAUGCAGGGUGUUCGACAUUCCGCCAGUCCGGCACCACAACCAACUGCACAGCGCAGGCGGACUUCUGGACCAUCGCAUUCCUUCCUUCCCUCAGAACUCUUGGCAUUCGCACCGCAAUCGAGCACUGUGCCGUAUCCCUCUGCGCAAACUCCGGCGACGAUGCAUAUGGGCGAUCGACCUAUGAGCGCGUUUACUGUCGAUAAAAGUGCUGCGUCGUCGCCUGUUUUCGCCGUGAAGCAUUCAAUGUCGCCGCAUGUACAUCCCCAUUCUCCUUCGUCGAAUAUCGACACUGCUUUCCAACCGCAGCAAACGAUGCGAUCUCAACCUGGAGAGCAAGAAAAGCGGCAUCCCUCGGUUCCGCUACCGCAACCGAUGCCGACCGAAUGCGCCGAUUUCCAAACAAUGCUCCCUGUGCAACUCCAGAAACCCGAAUCCCUGUUUGCCAGCACGUCCGUCGGAUCGGAGUACGCCGCGCUGGCCGACCUUUGGGCAACCGUCAACCACGCCACGGCCACGGAGGAGAGCGAAAACCAAUCGAACAACGCGACCAACAGCCAGACAAAAGGCAACAGCAACUACACCUCCACCGCCCUCCACACCUGCACAAAAGAAGGCGAAAAUAAAUCCCGCUGCAACUCCUGCCCCUUCACCCUCCUCGAACGCUUCUACCUCACCGCCGCCGGCGACCAGCCCCCCUCCACCUCCCCAACAACCACAACAACCACCGCCGACCGCCUCACCCACAUCCUCUCCGCGAAACGCAAAGCAGGCCUCCUCACACCCUACGACUACAGCUCCGGCUACGCCCGCCUCGGGCACCACCUGACAACCCAAUGCUCCUCCACAUCCCGCCAACGCAUCCUCAACGUCGUCGCCUCCUUUCAAACCGGCCUCGCCCACCUCGCGCGAAACGUCACCGACACCGAGCUGUUACACCACGAAGACACUUUCGAACGACUGUUGUUGGAUUACGACGUCAUGUUUGGAAUCACCGGGAUCCCUGCGGCUAUCUGGCGUAGGACAGGCGAGAUUGUGCGUGCCAACCAAGCGUUUGCGGAGCUUGUUGGACUGGAUUUGAGGUUGUUGGUGAACGGGAUGGUGUGCGUUUAUGAGCUGAUGAAUGAGGAUUCCGGGGUGGGGUAUUGGGAACGGUUUGGGAGGGUUGCGUUUGAUGGGGAGGAGAAGGCGUGGAUGGGGACUUGUACGUUGAGGAAACGUGCGAAUCACAGGAAUGAGGUGGAGAAAUCGGUGAAGUGCGCGUAUAGCGUGACGGUUCGGAGGGAUACCGUUGGCGUGCCUCUCGUCUGCGCCGGCAACUUCCUGCCCGCCACGGCGCCGACGCCCACCCAACCGCCGCUUGUUAUACCCGCUUGGGUGCAACAGGGGAUGGCGGCUGGCAAGACCGUCGCUGGCGGGAGUAGAAGCAUGAAUCCCGCGAAUAAGGCGACGGGUGAAGGGCAGGUUGCGGCGAUUACGGCGGGGUUGGCGGCGUCGUCUGUGAACCCCAGGGAACCGGCUUAUGUAUAUAACUUAAAUUAAUCUCCAUAUACAUAGCUACGUACGGUGAAUGAAAAAAAC